UCAUACCUUCUUACCAUGAAACCAAACCAAAAAUAGCAGCUGCACUUUCUAGUUCAUCAACGCAAGCAAUGACCUCACAAGCCAACCUCUCCUCCUACCUUAAAACAACCACCAUUCCCUUGCCAUCAACAUUCCAUGCCGGAGCGCCGAUGGGCAACGACGGAGAAGUGCUGCUGCUAUCAUGGCGGUCGAGCGUGUUCGGGCUGAGGGUUCAGAUAGCUUUGGAGGAGAAGGGCAUUGCAUAUACUUACAGGGAGGUGGACAUCUUCGAGAAGAGCAAGCAGGUCUUGGAGUCAAACCCGAUUUACAACAAAGUACCAGUUUUGAUCCAUAAUGGUAAAGCUGUCUGUGAAUCUCUCAUCAUCCUGGAGUAUAUCGAUCAGGUCUGGGACCAGCAGAGUCCUUUGAUGCCUGCUGAUGUUUGCCGGCGAGCUUCGGCGAGGUUUUGGGCCGAUUUCGUCAACAAGAAGGUUUACGAUAGCGGGAGAAGAAUAAGGCACGGCAAGGGAAAUGAAAGGGAAGAAGCCAAGGAGGAGUUUAUAAGGAACAUGAAGCUAUUGGAAGGUGAGCUGGGAGAGAAGCUCUACUUCAAUGGAGACAGAUUUGGAUUUUUGGACAUUGCUCUUAUUACAUUCUCUUGUUGGAUCCACACAUAUGAGACAUUUGGGGGCUUUAGUGUGGAGAAGGAAUGCCCUAAGCUGAUGAUUUGGGUGAGGAGAUGCAUGGAAAGGGAGAGUGUGGCAAGGACACUUCCAGCUCCUCUAGAGGUCUAUGACAUUGCCUGCAUGGUGAGGAAGAAACUAGGGUUUGAGUAGUAUGCAAAGGAAAAAUGUUGUGCUGCAAUUUAUUGCCUUUUUGUUAAUGUGUUUAUGAUUUGAAUGGUGUUGACAUUUUUAAAUAAUCAUUUAGCAAGUUAUCAAGUUUUUAUAGGGGGUUAUUUGGGUUGGUUCACU